AUGUGGGAGGGGGCCUUGGGGACCCGCCGCCGCCGCAGCCGCAGCCCGGGAGAGGCGCGCGGGCGCCCCCGGGGCCGCUUCCGCUUCCGCCGCCGCCGGGACCCGAUGAGGAUGGAGACCGGGGACGCCGCGCGCCCGAACCACAGCUCGCUCUUCAAGGCCUUCCCCCCGCAGCCCCGCGCCGGCCUGCGGGACGCGCUCGGCCAGCCCGACGCCAAGUUUUUACCCAACAAGAUCGGCGGCUUCGCGUGCCCUGCUGGAAAUGCCUCGUGCGCGCUCAAUUACAGACCGGAAGUCCCGUGCCCUGAGACCUACCGGACAGCGGGAGAGCCUCGAGGCUUUGGGUCCAGCGCCAACGGGCAGUGGAGGGGCUUGGUGCCCGCCCUGGGCUCUGCACCGCCGAAGCCCCGGGCGAGCCGCGGCUCCUACCUCGAGGCUCGCAAGAUCCCCAGCGGGACGUCCAACAGCUUUGUAGGAAAGUCGAACCACCACUGCCAUGCGUCAGCCUUCCCCAUCAAGCCCGCCCAGAGCCCUUCCUGGAGCGGCCCGUGCCGCCGCAGCCUGCUCAGCCCAAAGAAAACGCCGCGGCGGUUCAUCAGCACGGCGGAAGAGACUGUUCGGGAGGAAGAGCGAGAGAUCUACAGGCAGUUGCUUCAGAUGGUCACGGGAAAACAGUUCUCCACAUCCAAGCCUUCGUCACUAUUCCCCUUCCAUCUGUCCAGGUGUUCAAAUUCCAGUAAAACUAUGGUGAAAGAAACUCCCAGCAAGAACUCAAAGCUGUUUGAAGCUCACAGCAUCGCACCAGCCAGUUCCACAACCAGCAUUCUUGGAGCACCGGAGCAGCCGUCACACAAAGCUCCGCUCUACUCCCCACCCAGCUAUUCCUCCAGUAUCUUUGAGUCCCCGAACUCCACAGCCCAGCAGCACCAAGAAAAUGUACCAGCAUCUAACACUCAGUCUGAAGGGUCAGACUCUGUCAUUUUGCUCAAGGUAAAGGAUUCCAGAACCCCAGCUCCAAGCCCCCCGUUCUUCCAGGCAGAGCUGUGGAUCAAAGAAUUGACUAGCGUCUAUGAUUCACGAGCUCGGGAGAGGUGGCGGCAAAUUGAAGAACAGAAAGCUCUGGCCCUACAGCUGCAGAGCCAGCGGCUGCAGGAACACUCGGUGCAGGAUCUGGUGGAUUUGAAUCUUCGAGUACCCCUCGAGAAGGAAAUCCCCGUCACUGUGGUCCCAGAAGAGAAAGAGGAUGCUAAAUCAGCUGAUGGCGAAGAGGAAUUCCCUGAAAUCACCGAGGAAAUGGAAAAGGAAAUCAAGAACGUGUUCCGAGGUGGGAACCAGGACGAGGUCCUCAGCGAAGCUUUUCGGUUAACAAUCACUCGGAAAGACAUUCAGACCCUCAAUAAUCUGAACUGGCUCAACGACGAGAUAAUUAAUUUCUACAUGAAUUUGCUGAUGGAGCGGAGCAAAGAAAAGGGCUUGCCGACAGUUCACGCGUUCAAUACUUUCUUCUUUACCAAAUUAAAAACAGCAGGGUACCAAGCCGUGAAAAGGUGGACUAAGAAAGUAGAUAUCUUCUCCGUGGAUCUCCUCCUGGUGCCUAUUCAUCUGGGAGUGCACUGGUGCCUCGCAGUUGUAGACUUCAGGAAAAAAACCAUCACCUACUAUGACUCCAUGGGCGGAAUAAACAGCGAAGCCUGCAGGAUACUGUUGCAAUACUUAAAACAGGAAAGUCUUGACAAGAAAAGGAAAGAAUUCGACACUAAUGGCUGGUCGUUGCUGAGCAAGAAGAGUCAGGAGAUCCCACAGCAGAUGAACGGCAGCGACUGCGGGAUGUUUGCCUGCAAAUACGCCGACUGCAUUACCAAAGACAAACCCAUCAACUUCACGCAGCAACACAUGCCCUACUUCCGAAAGCGAAUGGCCUGGGAGAUCCUGCACCGCAAGCUGCUAUGAUGACGCUGUGCCGGAAGCUGCUUCCCUGUGAGAUUGUAUCAGAAGUGCCCAAAUUUGCCCAGCUCAGCAGUCUUGAGCCAUGGCGGCGUGGAUCUGCCCAGGGCUUCAGUCAAAGAAACAGCAAACGAACUCUUGUAUGAUAUUUUUGAUAAAACACCAUUCACGGACCAAUGCGCAAUAGAAAUGCUCAGAAGCACACUUGCCUUUUUUUUUUUUUUUUUUUUUUGUAUUUCCGAGACCUAUUUUUACAAGCAAUUUCAGGUGCUGAGACUUGAGGGGGCAGCUUUGGCCAUUGGAGGAACUUUUCUUUUUCUGCUUUUUCAGCCCUUUGCGGCCAGCUUUGUGCCAACGGCGUGACUCUCGGGG